AUGGGCUGUUUUUGCAGUAGAGGUCGCGAGAAGGCGAAAGCCGAGCUGCCCACUGCGAUCCCCCCUCAACCACCCAUUUAUGAGGCCGGAUCUGCCAAGAAGAGUGGCAUCGGCAGAGACGGCGGCAUGGCUAUUCUUGCUGGUGCAGGCGCUGCCGUAGUGGCCACCGCUGCAGUGGCCACGGUUUUGGACAGUACUGAUGGUGGCGGAGGCGGCGGUACAGAUGAAGGAGCUUCUCGUAAUGGAGGAGGUUGCUGUCGAUGGUGCGGCGGCGGAGGGUGUGGGGUAGGGGGCACGGGGGGAGGGUGCGGGGGAGGAGGGAUGCGGCGGCGGUUGCGGGGGUUGAACGUCUCUGUUUGUUGCCGUAAACGAUACAUGUAUUUUAUGCUUUCAUGCUGGACAGAUAAGCAUGCAACGAGUGGUCUAUAUUAUUUGUAG